GCGUGGUCACAUGGUACAAUAUGUCACCAGUGAACGUGGUCAGCUGGCGCCUGAUUGUUCUCUAGCUGCUGACUGAGUAUAGCGCGCGCAGUGUGAGCUGCAUGUUACGGCGUUUAGUCGCUGACCAGUGUGCGCCUCCCUAGCUCUAGGGCCUGCUGCGCCCGUGUACCCUGAGCCCCUGUGCUGCUAUCACUGCGGCGUGCGGGGACUGAUGGAAGGGGAAGGAGAAUGUACCCGGCCCACAGUGUACAUGUGCGGCCAGUGCCGGCUCCCGCUGGGGGACACAGAUGACCGGGUGGGCAGUCACCCUGAGGAUACCAUCGUGCUGCUAAAAGCUGUUACAAUGCAUGUUAAUAUUGAUAUGGACAAGCAAUUAUCCAGCUUUCCCAAUGAAGUUGGCAGCGUUCUAUGUAAGCUGCAUUGCGAGGGAUGCAACUCAGUUGUUGGAAGGUUUUACACUGCCACACCACGACACCUGGAUUACAAGCGUGAUUUGUUCAGUUUGGCUGUGAGUGCGACUAAAAGUUAUACAUUUGGCAUUGCUGAUAAACAAGUCGUCAAUGACUGUGAAGAACCAAAGACGCUGAAUACAUUUGAAACUUUGCAGCAACAAAUAAAAAAGUGCAACAAUUUUUUAGGUGCUUUAGAAAAGAAAGUUGCAAACCUGGAAAAAAAACCCUCUGGGAGUUCUUUGAAGAAAUCAUCUAAUUCUGUGUGUUGCUGAGAACUUAAGCUUUCCUUCCAAGUGGCUUAUUUUUUAAGAUUGUUUUUAUUGUAAAUAUUUCUUUCUCAUGUCCCUAGUUUCUGUUACAUGUUUUUUCAGUUUAUUUUGAUGUAAAUGCCACUCAUUGUUGCAAUGAAUGUCUUAUGUUGUUCAUGCAUAAUUUCUGUUUAUCAGUGUUUUUAUUUAUUUUUUGUUUAAAUAAAAAUAAUAAAAGGGAUGAAAGAAA